AUGGAGACCUCAAAUUUUGUCAAACAAUUGUCCUCAAACCAAAGAACGGUGAGGGAGAAAUCCCUGGAGGCGCUAGAAAAGUUGAUCAGCGAGGACAAACUCAAAAACGCAAAACAAUUCCAGUUCGACAAACUAUGGAAGGGUUUGUACUACGCAAUGUGGUUUAGCGACAAGCCAAGACCACAACAGAGACUCGCAAACAAAUUGGGUGAACUUUAUAUGCUGUGCUUCCACGCGACAGAUAAUAAAAAGCAAGGCGAACUUACCGAGAAUGACAAGACGUUUAUCAAGCUAAGUAGAGCCUUUUGGAAGGUUAUAUGCAUAGAAUGGUUCAACAUCGACAGAUACAGAUUGGAUAAAUUUUAUUUAUUGAUUAGAAGAGUUCUCUUCAAUCAAUUGAAAUACCUGAUGUCAAGAGAGUGGAACGAGCAGUUGGUCGACAGGUACAUCGAGAAGGUGUUGGGGUCUAUCCCAUUGAGUGGUGACUCUAAAGUGUACAACGGUGUUCCGCUACAUAUCAUGGACAUCUUUUUUGAUGAGUGGGAGAGAGUCUAUACAGAUCGCAACGAUGAAUUCGACGAGGACGAAGGGGAAGUUGACCCUGAACAGUUGAAAGAAUGGGUACAAACGACACCAUUGGAAAAAUUCAUGCAGAUCUUUGUGAAACUCAACGCUGACACAAACACGAGCAAAACGUUAAGAGUCAAAAUCAGAAAGGAACUGCUGACCGACUCCAGGUUGAAACAAUGGGGUAUUAACCCUGUGCAUUCGUCCACCUCGGAAGAGAGUGCCGAGGAAAGUGACAAAGAAGAAGCAGAGGAAGAGGAAGAGGAAUGGAAGGGCUUCUAG